GUGUGGAAAAGAUGAUUUCAAAAAGACUCGAGAUCGAGAUGCACACUUAAAUCGUAAAUUUUCAUGUAUACUUAAAAUUCUAAAUCCUAUUACAACUCCAAUAGUAUUACUACAAAAUCCUGCUACAAAUCAAAUUCCAACUCAAACCUAUGUUCCAGUAGAUGAUUUAAUCCAAUUGGAUAGCACACCUUCUUCAUCUAUUCAAAAUAUAUCUUCAGACAAUGUUUCUUCGAAUUUACCUCAAAAUGAUACAGAAUGGUUUGAUAAUAUGAAAGAUAAAUAUAAUAUAAACACUGAUAAAAAAUGGUCUGAAUUAGCUGAAACCUUGCUCUAUGACUAUUCAAAAAAAAAUAUCAUAAAGAUAGAAGGUAAUUUUGGUAAUAAACCAGUAAGAAAAAACUAUAGACUAACGAACAAAGAGUUAAUAUUCAAAGAAUGUGAAUCUAAUUUAGAUCCUUUAAGACCUCAUCAGAACUUAACAGCAAUGAGUUUAUGGCAAGCAAUCCCAAAAAUAUAA